AUGGUUAAUCGUAAUAACAAUCAGGCUGCCAAUAAUAAUAACAAUAAUGCUGGUGGUUCAGAUCAUGUACAGAAUCGAAGUCGAAAUCCACCCAUACCGAUACAAGCACCUGAAGGUGCCAAUGCUGCAGCAGCAGGCGGAGCAGGUGGUGGUGGUGGUGCAGCUGCCGUUGAUUGGGUCCAAGAGGAUUUAGAACGUUAUAGUUUUGAUGAUUCCGAUCGUUUCGAAGAAGAUUCUCUAUGCAGUUGGAGUUCAGAACCCGAAUCAUUGUAUAAUAAUUGGAGAGGUUGGAAGAAACCAUCAAAUUUUGGCAUAGGCAAUGGUUCUACAACCGCAACAGGAAAUAUUGGCAUUGAUGCCACAGCAAAUGGAAAUUGUGGCAAAGGAACAGCAUCAGACACACAGACAUGCGGCAAACAUUAUCAAGUUCCAACACUUACAGAAUUGGCAGCAAAAUGUGUUGCCUCCUAUAUACCCUUCGAACUGGUGGAACAUGUCUAUCCACCUGUACCAGAACAAUUGCAAUUACGUAUUGCAUUCUGGAGUUUUCCCGAUAAUGAAGAAGAUAUUCGUUUAUAUUCGUGUUUAGCAAAUAGUUCAUCUGAUGAAUUUAAUCGUGGUGACCAGUUAUUUAAAACUGGUGCAGUCAAAGAUCCCUUACAAAUUGGUUUCCACCUUUCCGCAACGGUAGUAUGUCAAACACCUAGCCAGAAUUUUAAUGUGGCCGUUACCUUCGAUCGAAGACGUAUAUCGUCAUGUAAUUGCACAUGCAAUUCAAGUGCAUAUUGGUGUUCUCACGUUGUGGCCGUUUGUUUACAUCGAAUACAUUGUGCUUUGGAGGUGUGUUUAAGAGCUCCUGUCUCGGAAUCAUUGACCCGUUUACAGCGGGAUCAAUUGCAAAAAUUCGCCCAAUAUUUAAUAAGUGAAUUGCCCCAACAAAUACUGCCCACAGCUCAACGUCUGUUGGAUGAACUGCUGAGUGAACAACCAACGGCAAUAAAUACAGUAUGUGGAGCUCCCGAUCCAACAGCAGGUGCAUCAAUAAAUGAUCAAACAAAUUGGUAUUUGGAUGAGAAGACAUUACAUGAAAAUAUCAAACGUAUUCUCAUAAAAUUUGUUAUGCCAGCUCCAAUGGUUUAUAGCGAUGUAAAUUAUUUAACAAAUUCCGCCCCACCAGCUGCCACAGAAUGGAGUUCUCUCUUGCGACCCUUGCGGGGACGAGAACCUGAAGGUAUGUGGAAUCUUCUCUCAAUAGUUCGUGAAAUGUAUCGUCGUUGUGAUCGUAAUGCUGUACGACUAUUGGAAAUUAUAACGGAGCAGUGUAUGGCAUGCGAUCAGUUACUACUGUGGUGGUAUCAGACAAAACUCUCCCUAAUGAUGGGCUCACAUGGUCACAGUGGCGGUAAACACUCAAGUACACAUUCAAAUUCAAAAGCCAUCGAACACGCUUGUAGUUCGCUAUUCGAUGAAAUUGUUGUUCUUUGGCGUUUGGCUGCAUUGAAUCCAGGUUUGGCACCAGAUGAACGCGAUAUGCUACAUGCCCAAUUUACAGCCUGGCAUUUAAAAAUUUUGGAUCGUGUAGUUAAGUGUCGUAUGAUGCCGUCAUCGUAUAAUAAUAAACAUCAACAGAACAUGCGGUCAGAUGCAGAAAUGUUUGUGGGUUUUAAACCAGCCAUAGAGGCUUGCUACUUAGAUUGGGAAGAGUAUCCAAUAGCAGGUGUCACCCAUACGCAUGAGACAAAUCCGAUUUACUAUUCACCCUUUACAUGUUUUAAACACACAGAAAAUAAGUGUGAAAGUAAUGGUGGGCAAUUGAAUGCCACCCAGGCAUUGAUGGCCAAUAAUAAACAUUAUAAUUAUAUAAGUUCAUCAGCGGAUCAUGGACAGCAUGGUGCAUUCAAACAACGCCUGGAGAGGCCAUUUCGUGAACGUUUCUACAUCUCGUCGAGUAAUAAUUCCAGCAAUUCUUCAAGUGACAGUGUUCAUGCACGUUUACACCAAGGUUUGGAUUUACCGCAGCAGCAACAAGCACCAGCAUCUGGAAAUGCAAAUUCAGGAGGUGUUAAAGUUGUGGCUGGUGGAGAAGCUUCAACAAGUUCUGCGAAUGCAAACAGCAGUAAUUUAGGAAAAGCCUCAGAACGAAGUGGUGGUGGGGGAGGAAAUAAUAUGUCAUCAUCUAUCGAUAACAGACCCUCCACAUCAUCACAGUGCGCUGCUGCUGCUGCUGGAUCUUCUGGCGUACCAAGACGUAUUCCCCUAUCGAGCAUGGGUGGUGGCGGAGAUGGUAAUCGGUCAAGUGCCAGUAGUGAAGGUUUCUGUGAAAAUGAAGAUUUCGGUGGCGACAGCAGUAGCAACAAUCUAUGCAUAUCUGACAAUGAUAACGGUCGUAGUAUAAACCCCAAUAAGUUUCCAAUGCCACAGCAACAACAGCCGUCAACAUCCAAAACAAUAUCUCAAUCCGAUUCGCAGCAGUCAUUUAAUGAUUCCUCUCCCGAUGCUUUGGAUGUGGCCGAUGAAGAGAAUAAAUUGUCUGGAUUUUCAUUGCCCGCAACACCCACAAAUAAAGCUAUUGUUGCCACACUUGCAUCACAAUCUUCAUCGGACUCUUCAACAUCAUCAUCCUCCUCAUCCAAUUCGUCCUCAUCGUCACUGUUGAUUGCCCUGGGAUCUGAGGCACCUGGCAGCGGUGUUGGUGGUGCUAUAGAAACAGACAAACCUUUAAAAAGCCAAGAGAUAAGAAGGAUAUCUAAGGAUGAAUCAUUUUCAUCAUCAAGUGAUGAAUUUGUGACCCAAGAUGUUGGCAAAGGCCGCUCGGCUGAGGAUUUAACGCCAGUGCCAAGCACAUCAACGGCAGCCAGGACCGCUCUAAUGAAGGCUCAAGGCAAUUCUCUUUCACCCUCGGCGUCAACAGUUGUCAACGAAGUUGCUCCUCUAAACAAUAAAACAAAUAACGCUACCACUCCAACAACAACGGCAUCAUCAUCAUCGGCAUUAUAUGUCGGACCCUCAACAUCAGCCCAGGCCAUGGCAUCGUUUUCAACAACGAAUAUGGGACCUUCAACCUCGUCCAAUACAACGUCGGAAAAGCCACACAUAUUCUCAAAUCUAAGACCAUCAGAAGAUGCUUGGGACAUACUAUUGGCUCGUGCUGAGGGUCUACAUGCCCAUGGUCAUGGAAGAGAGGCCUGUAUUCUGGCAGUACGUUUGGCUGAAGAAAUGCUGGAAAAUCCUCCCAAUCUAAUGAUGGAAAUGCCACCAGCUCCCAAAAGGAAAGGGAAGAACAAAAAUAUCAAUCCCAUUUCUCAUCACCUAACCGUGUUGGCCUCCGCCACCUUGACCAAAUGCGCUUUCCUUUGUACUGUACUUUCGGAAAAUUCAGAACAUUAUCAUAUUGGAUUUCGAAUUUGUAUCUUUGCUUUGGAAAUGGCACGUCCACCGGCAAGCACCAAACCGUUGGAAGUUAAAUUGGCCAAUCAGGAAGCUGAUAUAUUGACGCUCUUGAAGAAAAUACCAAUCGAUGAACCCGAAUUGGAGGUGAUACGCGCACGUGCUGAACGUUUGCGUAAUGGCACCAUGAAAUCGCGUGGGGAAGCUUUAUUGCCCAUCAAUUUGGCGUCAUAUAUUUUCGAUGCAUUGGUAAUGCCUUCGGUGUCAAUGAAAGAUCAACGAAUUCGCAGUAUGAGUAUCUAUCGACCGAUAACUGAUGAGAAUCUUGGCUUUGAAGCUGCUGUGGCAGCAUUGGGUCUUAAAGCGAAUGUCUCCGAAGCAGAACAUCCUCUGUUGUGUGAAGGUACACGCCGACAGAGAGGCGAAUUGGCUUUAACUUUGUUGUACUUCUAUAAAGAUGACCCACACAAGAUUGCCAAAAUUAUGGAAAAAUUAUUGGAUCGUGAAAUACACACCUUGCUAAAGACGCCAUUAUUGCCAGCCUACUACUCCAAUAAUCCUCCGGUAAGAACACCCAACAAUUCGGCAAAUAGGCAUGGAGAUGGUGGUGACUACAAUAGACAUGGCAAUAAUGCCGCAGCUAUGGCUGGUGGUUCUGCCCAGAACAUUGGUGGUAAUAUGGACAUGUACCAUGCGGAUUAUGCUUCUGUUGGAGGCAAUAGUCGUCCUACCAGCUCUACAAGUGCUGAGUUGGAUGUUAAUAUGGCGGGAUUGAAUAUUUCAUCUCCUGCCAAUUCAUCAUUAAUGGCUGCAGCCCAACAAAAUAGCCAGGGGCUACAAAGCAAUGUCCCAGCCAUGGGUACACAACCAACACAGACCACUACCAGAGCUAAGGAUUCACGAUACAAAGGCAAACGAGCAUAUCCAUCAAUACCGAAUCAACCCUCUGAAGCCAGUGCCCAUUUCAUGUUCGAAUUGGCCAAAACGGUUUUGGUUAAAGCGGGAGGUAAUAGUUCAACGUCAUUGUUUACCCAGGCCACGGCCAAUCAUAAUCAUCAUGGUCCGCAUAGAGGUCUGCAUAUGUGCGCUUUUCAGUUAGGCCUAUACGCCCUGGGAUUACACAACUGUGUCAGUCCCAAUUGGUUAUCUCGUACCUAUUCUUCACAUGUUUCUUGGAUUUUGGGCCAGGCCAUGGAAAUUGGUGCGCCAGCUAUAAGUUUCCUAAUAGACACAUGGGAGGGUCAUUUGACGCCACCCGAAGCUGCCAACAUGGCCGAUCGCGCUUCCAGAGGUUGGGACAGUAAUUACCCAGCAGCCGAAUUGGCCUUAUCUGUAUUGCCACAUGCUGCCGCUCUAAAUCCGAAUGAAAUUCAGAGAGCAAUUCUUCAAUGCAAAGAACAGAGCGACUAUAUGUUGGAGAGAGCUUGCAUUACCGUGGAGAAUGCUGCCAAGGGAGGUGGAGUUUAUCCCGAAGUUCUGUUCCAGGUGGCACGAUAUUGGUAUGAGCUGUAUAUGCGCAAUACACCCAACAAUGGAGGCGGAGAGCAUGAUCAACAUGAUGACCAUAUGGAUCAUUCUGCAGCCGUGAGUCUAUCUGCACUCAUAGAAUCUCACCAGCAUCAUGAAAUGCAAAUGCAACAGCAAGCGGCAGCUGCUGCAGCGGCUGUCAAUCAGCAAGCCAUGGUUGGCCCACCAUUGCAGGGUGGUCCACCAGUACCGCCUGGUGGUCAACCGGGACAACCCGGUGGACCAGUUGUAGUAACUUCUGCUCCUCCAAACUUCCAACAGCAGGUGCCACCAAUGCCUCCUGUCGGUAUGGCGCCCUAUAAUGCCUAUGGUUUUUGUCAGGGAAUGUACCAUCACAAUCUCUAUCCGACAAAUCAAAUACCCAUGUAUGUACCACAAGGACCACCACCAGGACCACCGCCCCAAGCAUAUCCAGGUUAUCCACCACCGCCCCAACAACAACCUGGCAAUCCCACAGCACCACCGUCGAAUGCAGGAGUACCGCCACAACAGUCUCCGUAUGUACAUCAGGCACAAAAUGCAGGUGCAUUUGGUCAGAUGACACCUCAAGCAGCCUAUCAAGCAGCAACUAUGCAGUGUGGACCACCACCGCCGUCAUCGUUUGUGCCACAAGCACCACCACAAGGCCCCUCCGUCCCGCCAAAUGGACCACCCCAAAUGGCUCAACCACCUCCAGGAAUGCAAGCUGCGGCUGCUGCUGUGUACUACGGCCAACAGGCACCACCACCCAAUGGGCAACAUCCGGCCCAAGCUGCAGCUCAACAAGCAGCAGCGGCCCAUCAAAUGGCCGCAAUGCAUCAAAUGAGAACAAAUCAACAGCAAGCAGCUGUGUAUCCUUUUGUACAGCAACAACCGCCUCCGCCCCAACAACAGCAAGCUCCACACCAUCAACCACCGCCACAUAAUAUGGCCGGCCAUGGAGGAGGACAUCAUCAACAAAUGGCUCCACCGCCACAAGGGGCGAACCGACAACGUCACCCACAUCAAUUUACUCCCGCCCAAUUACGUUAUCUCUUGGCUGCCUAUAAUGUUGGCAUGUUGGCUAUGGAAACAUUGGCACGACGAGUUCAUGACGAUCGUCCUCAGGCCAAGUAUGCACGCAAUCCUCCCUAUGGCGAAGAUGUUAAAUGGCUGCUGAGAAUUUCAAAGAAACUGGGAUCCCAGUAUUUGCAUCAGUACUGUGUGUGUGCCGUUAAUUCGAUUGUUAGUCCAUUUGUGCUACACGAUGUGGCCAUAGAAUCGGCUCACUAUUUAGGUCGCAAUAAUCAUCAAUUGGUUAUGCAACAUUUAAGAUCGGCUCUGACACCGUUGGUACAAAAAUGCCAACAAAUGUAUAUCCAAUGUAUACAUCAAAAAUUGUAUCAUUUAACACCAGCCGAUUAUGAAGAUUUUGCCAGCAUUAUUGUGGCGGCUCGAGCCGCUUUCCAAAUAACACCGGAAGGUAGUGCACAAUUUAAGGAUUGGUUACAGUCGAUAAAGAGAUCAAAAUCAUGUAAAAAAGAGUUGUGGACACAAAUAAAUGCUGCCCUUCAAAGUAAUGCCAAAUGACAAAGACUUGAUUCGCAUAGUAUGACCACACCAUCAACACAAUCUUCAUCAGCAACAACAGCAACACU